GUACAAGUCACAAGUAUUAGACUUAGACUUAGACUACUUAAUUACUUAAUUACUAACUAGUUAUAGUUAUACUGUUAUAGUAGUAGUACUAGACUAGAAUUGUAGUAGUAGACUGUAGAGUCGAGUCCCUACCUCAACAGCAUGGCGCAGGUACAGAAAGGAGAACAUCGCAACAUGUAUCCACCUAUUGAACCUUAUGAUACUGGAUUUUUAAAAGUCUCAGAGAUUCAUACAAUUUAUUAUGAACAGUCGGGGAAUAAAGAAGGAAACCCUGUUGUCUUUGUGCAUGGGGGUCCGGGUAGUGGAACAAAUCCUAUUGAAAGAAGUUUCUUUGACCCUGAAGCUUACAGAAUAAUUCUAUUUGAUCAGAGAGGAGCAGGCAAAUCUACUCCGUCUGCUGAACUUAAGGAAAACACAACCUGGGACCUAGUGGAAGAUAUGGAGAAGUUGAGAAAACAUCUAGCUAUUGAUCGAUGGGUUGUCUUUGGUGGUAGCUGGGGAUCAUCAUUGUCACUAGCCUAUUCUGAAACACAUCCAGAAAAUGUGAAAGCUCUUAUCGUUAGAGGAAUCUUUACGUUACGUAGAGAAGAACUGGAAUGGUUUUAUGAAGGUAAAGGAGCUAACAUGCUGUUUCCAGAUUACUGGGAAGAGUUUGUUAAUUUUAUUCCUGAGGUUGAGCGUGGGUCUUUAAUGAAUGCAUAUUACAGACGAUUGACAUCUGAGGAUGAAGAAAUAAAAUGUAGGGCUUCACAGAUUUGGAGCAAGUGGGAGCAGGCCACGAGCCAUCUCUUUAUCAACCAAGAAAAACUUGAAAAGCCAUUUUCACAAAAGUUGUGGGCUUUACAGUUUGCUAGGAUUGAAUGUCACUAUUUUAUUCAUGGUGGAUUUUUUAAAUAUGAAAACCAGUUGAUCAAAGAUGUGGACAAAAUCAGACAUAUACCAGGAACAAUAAUUCAAGGUCGUUAUGAUGUUAUAUGCCCCAUGGAUACAGCCUGGCAGUUGCACAAGAAUUGGCCUGAAGCUGAGUUUAUUAUUGCUCCUGAUUGUGGACACAACUCACAAGAGCCAGGAAUCAGAACAUUGUUAUUAAAUGCCAGUGACAAGUAUAAAUAUUUGAAAUAAGUAUUAUUGCAGUGCCAGCUGACUUGGUUAAGGAACAUUUUUUUGUUAAAACCAGUCACUUCAUCAGAGUAUCAGCAGCUGUUUGAUUAAUUUCUAAGCAUUUUGUUAAUGUUUUUGUUGUUUGUAUAUUUUGGGAAAACAUUAAAUUUGAUUUACAAGAUAACUAUUUAUUAAAACUGUUUUCCCAUCUUGAUUAUAUGUGCAGAGAGAAAGCAAGGAAAAUUGCCUAAAUUUUUUUUUUACUUUUAAAUUUAACAAGAUUUUUUUCCCUUAUUUGCAAUAUACACAUUUACUCAGUUUUUUUUCCUAGAUAUUUUAUUUUAUCUAACUUUUUUCAUAACCAGCUGUUUUAUUAGAUGUAAGUGCGUUGAUCAAAGUUGUAUACAAUUUUCUUUUUUUUUUUUUAUGUCUUAUAAGAGUGCAUCAUGUCCAUCUGAAAGAAGUUAUAUUGCCCAUCUAUAGACUCGUUAAACAUUUCAGAUUGGGACUUUGAAUGAAAUGAGAGCCUGGGCAUUGGUUAUGAUUGGGAUGUUGUUGCCCACACAGCAAUUAUUGCCCUCUCCAUGGAGCGGCUGUGUCCUUAGGUACUGCAAGUAGCCAAAACACUUGGUAUCAGCAGCAUUACGAGUUCUGCCAGAGUGCAGCACUAUGUGUUACAAACUGCUUAUUUUUUCUCAGGGUUGACUCCUCAAGGCAGCAUAGAAUUGGAUUAAAUGUUUCUUCUCCUAAGUGUGUAGCCUAGCAAGGUUUACAUGCCCCUCCUGCUUGAAGCUUCUGGUUUGGGCACCAGAUACUAGCCUUUGCCUCUUCAGGUCUCCUGUGUGUUUCAUGUUUCAAUCAAACCAGCAGCAUUGAUUAUUGUAACCAAUUAAUUUUUUUCAUUUUCCUUCUUUUGAAAUUUUUGUUGGUUUCCUUUUGAUUUAAUAUAACAAUUUUUUUAUUUUUUUUUUUUAAUGUUAUGGCUAUAACUUUUGUACUUGUACCAGUAUAUAUUUAUUAUAAUUAUUGAUUCUUACAAUGUUGGAGUUGAUUGAUGUACUGUGAUAAAAUAAUUUAAGAAUUUUAA